AUUAAGAACCAGAGGAGUGAGUGAAUCCGUGUCCCUUCACCGGUCUCUAUCCCUCUCUCUCUCUCCCCCCACCCCCUCUCGCUGUGAAUGGUAGCCUCGUCCUCAGGUAUGCCUCUUAACCCUCAGUUCCGCUCCAGCCACCGUCAGCGGCAACAAUUACUACAACCGGAACCGGCUGCCUCACACUCUCUCAUCUUGCGGUGGAUUGAAAAAAACCCAGAGUGGCCAAAGGGAAAUUAAUGCUAAUAUACUAAUACAAGUGCGAACUACGAGGAUUGAUUGAUAUAUAUAUUUUUAAAAAGCCUCAGCCAUGGCGACAAUAGGAGAUUUCGACCCACUCAACUCCACCGUACCUGCGACGAAGAUUGAAGUAACUGUCUCUUGCAGAAACCUGUUAGACAUGGACACCUUCUCUAAGUCAGACCCAGUGGUGGUGUUGUACGUUCAAGGCCUGGGGACCAAGGAGUGGAGAGAGUUUGGACGGACGGAGGUGAUUGAUAACACACUGAACCCCGACUUCGUGAGGAAGUUUGUUCUUGAUUUCUUCUUUGAAGAGAAACAGAAUCUUCGCUUUGAUGUGUACAAUGUGGAUACCAGGAGCUCCAACCUCUCUAAACAUAAAGACUUCCUGGGUCAGAUGUUCUGCACGUUGGGGGAGAUCAUCGGCUCUUCAGGCAGCAGGCUGGAGAGGACGCUCUCUGGGAUUCCUGGGAAGAAGUGUGGAACCAUCAUUUUCACAGCUGAGGAGCUCAGUAACUGCCGGGACAUAGCCACUAUGCAGUUAUGUGCCAACAAGCUGGACAAAAAGGAUUUCUUUGGAAAGUCGGACCCUUUCCUUGUGUUUUACCGGAGCAAUGAGGAUGGGACGUUCACCAUCUGCCACAAGACUGAGGUGAUCAAGAACAAUCUGAACCCUGUUUGGCAGCCGUUUACCAUUCCUGUUCGAGCACUUUGUAAUGGAGACUAUGACAGGACGGUGAAGGUGGACGUUUACGACUGGGACCGAGACGGGAGUCAUGACUUUAUCGGCGAGUUCACCACAAGCUACAGAGAACUAUCCAGAGGACAAAGCCAGUUCAAUGUCUAUGAGGUUUUGAAUCCCAAAAAGAAAGGCAAGAAGAAGAAAUACGUCAAUUCAGGGACGGUGACCUUGCUGUCUUUCAAAGUGGAGUCAGAAUACACAUUUGUUGACUUCAUCAGAGGAGGGACACAACUCAAUUUCACAGUGGCCAUAGACUUCACAGCAUCCAACGGUAAUCCGUCCCAGCCCACCUCUCUACACUACAUGAGUCCUUACCAGAUGAACGCUUAUGCCAUGGCUCUAAAAGCUGUGGGGGAGAUCAUCCAGGACUACGACAGUGACAAACUCUUUCCUGCUUAUGGCUUUGGAGCUAAACUUCCCCCUGAUGGCAAGAUCUCCCACGCCUUUCCACUGAACUCAAAUACAGAAAACCCAAACUGUGUGGGGAUCGAUGGUGUGCUAGAGGCAUACUUCCAGAGCCUGCGGACAGUUCAGCUCUAUGGCCCAACCAACUUUUCUCCUGUCAUCAACCAGGUGGCUCGAUGUGCCGGAGAAGUGACUGACGGCUCCCAGUACUUUGUGCUGCUGAUGAUUACUGACGGCGUCAUCUCAGACAUGGCCCAGACAAAAGAGGCUGUGGUUAAUGCAGCCUCCCUCCCCAUGUCUGUCAUCAUAGUAGGAGUGGGCCCUGCUGAGUUUGAUGCUAUGGAGGAGCUGGAUGGGGAUGAGGUCAGAGUGUCGUCCAAAGGACGCUUAGCUGAGAGAGACAUCGUCCAGUUCGUUCCUUUCCGGGACUACAUUGACCGCUCAGGCAAUCAGGUCUUGAGCAUGGCCCGCCUGGCCAAGGACGUCCUGGCAGAGAUCCCUGACCAGCUGCUGUCCUUCAUGAAGAGUCGGGGGAUUGAACCCCGGCCCCCGCUGCCCGUCACCUCUGAAUCCCCCUCAAUGUCCACUACCACCAUGACCACCACCAAGGAACACAACAUGCAUGCCUGAAAAUGAGGGCAUUGCAUGUUGUCUGCAAUUUGAGCAAACGGUGUGUGUGUGUGUGUGUGUGUGUGUGUGUGUGCGUGACAGGAACCGGGUCAGGCUUGUUUUCACAGUAAACUUAAAGAGACAAGAAGAGAAAACAUUCCAUUAAAUGUGUAUGUGGCAAGAAUUCCUUUGACAAGAUCUGGAUCAGAAGAGUAGAAAAUACACUUUUGAUCUUUUUAAUGUUUCUUGUUCUGACUUCCUUCAGCUCUUGUCACUGCAGAUGCAACACACAACUCCGCAGUGAAACAACUCCAUUCAAAUCAUAGGCUUCAAAUAUAGUAUGGCUGUUUCUCCUCAGUCAACAAUUACUGCAAACUUUUUCUUUUUUUUCUUGAGGACCCAACGGCUCUUGCCGAACCAGAUCUGAUUCCACCCCAAUUUAGUUCUGGCUUUGUCUGCUCUGAUAUAGUAAUAAAUCAUGAAGUAGCUGACAAUUUGAUUCCUAUCUAUUGUAAAGAAAGACAGCACGGAGAAAGAUGUUCCUUUCUCUAUUUAAUGAUUCUCAGGACAUUCCAAAGGCUUGACCAUAGCCCAGGAACCAGAAAAUAGUCAAAAAGGAAAUUAAUCCUGUCCUGGUUGUCGCAACUAAGCACCAGGGGACACUGGUUCUUUUAAUUGCUUUGUGAAAGUGUAUGCUGGAUAUUAUUCUAUGCUGAAUAUGACAUUCAUUUCUUUUUCUUUGAAGGGGUAAUGAAUGCUCUACAUUUCAAAGUCAAAUUUCAGAGAUGGAACAUCGGCAAGUCUAAAUUAAUCCCACUUGGACAUGAAGAGAGGCUUUGGCAAGCAGCUCCUCAAAGCAGGAACUAUAUUAGGCUCUGUAGCUGGCUCGAGAUGGAGAACAGACUGAAACAUCAUCCACUCCAGAGCCUCCACUUCCUCCAGCUUGUGGACCAUUUAACAGUAUCAGGCUGUGCAAUUUAUUUCAGCCCUGGUUGUAAAGCUCGACAUCAAUAUAUCAGUUGGCUCUGCUGUGCACCCUCUUCCUAAAUUGUAACUCUCUCAGUUUAGGUCAAUUUUUCGUGACUGGACACCUCUGUCUCAGGCUGCCUGGAGCUGAUCAAUGUGCAUCACACACAGUCCAGAAUUUUUCAUAUGUAGCAGAGAAUGUGUGGAAGUGUCAGGGUCACCUUUUUUUUUUCCUUAUUUAAUUUUAUUCGAAGAGGAAGAAAAUUUGUGUAGUGGAGACUGGGGUUUGGUAUUCACUGAGUUGUCAGUUUAUCAUGUAAAACGAAUGCAGUCUAAUGCAACAGUCCUACAUUAAAUGCCCCAUUGUGGCUAUAAUGUUCUGGUUUUUUUGGAAAAUUAGUUGAAGAGGCGUUGAAAAAACUCUUUUUAUAAUUUUGGGGUAAGUGUUUAUACAGAAAGGUGUUUCUGCUAUGUAGCCAACCAUCAUUGAUUUGAAUGGCAUGGAUCAAAUAAUAGAAAACACCAUGCCAUGAUGCACGACAGUCCAUUAUUGUAACCCUAAUUCAUUGUUAUAUUGGACUACUUCAGUGUACCUAGCUAGGUGUUCCUAAUAAAGUAAACACUGAGUAUGUAUAGUGCUGUGUCAGAGACAUUGUUUUCAGGGCUGUGUUGACUGCACAUUUCCCUCAUCAUUUCUAAAGGGUUUUUUUUAAUUACCCUUUUCACUACUGUGUAUGUGUGUGUGUGUGUGUGUUUGUGUGUGUGUGUGUGGGAGGGUAUCCCGAGAUGAUUUAUUUCGGAGCUGACUGGGGGGGUGGGGGUUGACACAUGCACACAGUACGCUCCUACAGAGGAAGGCCGGUGAUAGGUUGAGAUCUGCCUGCCUUGGUUGUGCCAAUGCACAAUGCGAAAGUGGUAUCUAUCUACUGAGUUUAUGCUGAAUCCUGCCGUGUAUGGUGUACAGUGUGUAUGUGUAUUUAAAAGAGAGAGGGAAAGAGUGACAGCCGGGUAAAGAGCGCUGCACACAUCUCUAUAAUUAAGCAAAACGCAAAGUUAGAGAUCUUUUAUGUUGUGUAAAAAAAAACCAUAUAUAGUAGCCUAUAUCCAAGCAGCAGGGUAUGCAGCGCCCCUCUGUUUUUCAUUUCAUUUGUUAUGCCUUUGUUGUGUGCAUGAACCAUUCAGGCAAAACUGAAAGAAAACCCAGAUAUUAUUUACUUUUAGAUGUUCAGCUCUCCUUUAUCACAUGUACACUGAUCUGAAAACAGAUACCAUGCUUGUUAAAUCUGUCUCUGACCUUUGGAACUUGGAUGAAUGGUUCAACCUGACAGCAACACAGACAAAUAUAAAGUUGGAGAGAUUUCUUUAAAGACUACAGUAACAAAUGGAUUUAUCUUUCUUGAACACGUGUCAUGUUGUAUCAGAAAAGAAACGGAUAUGUGGCCUUAUUUCUGUCAUAAUUCUACAAGUAUGCGAGAGGCAGGACUCUAUUUUUAUAUGACUACACAGGACAUCCAUUAUUUUGCAUGCUUAUUGGGCUAAUAUGCUGCCAAUGAUUGUACUUGUUUAGGAAAAAUAUCUGUAUCUUUACUCAUAUCUGAAAAUGACUUCAAACUGUAUUCUCACCUGUUGACUUUUGUACUGUGCAGCAGCAUUCUUUCUAUUUCUACUGUUAUUGUGUACAAUAUACUUGAAGGAACUGCCAACUUAAUAAUAAGCCAAAACCUAUAGAAGACACGUGAAUAGUAGGGUAGAUUUGUAUCAUACAGUGACAAAAACACAUAUGCAUGUGUGUGUUUUACGAACAAGAGGUACACCAACCCAAAGUCACAUACAUGUAACUUAUUGGAUAUUUUUGUAUGAAGCAUGUGCAACUUUCUAUACGGUGUGUACAGUGUUAGUUAAUGACACUGACUAACAUUAUACUGCUCACUACUGCUCCCCAGUCCAAGGUGUUCCGUGCAGCGGACAUGUAGGUCAGAUGAAAAUAUGUCUAACGUGAUGUACAGAAUAUCUUGUGAAUGGUCUUCCUUCUAUUUCAUUAUUCUCUGAUACUCUAAAUGUAUACCUGUUAUUUUUGUAUCCAUUUGUGUUGGACACAGUAAUUUUUUUUAGCUUUGUCACUGUUUUCUAUCUUUUG